GUUGAUAUCAAAAUAUCCAGACUCUGCCUUGGAAUUAAUGAAAGCUAUGAACGAUCUACCGUUAAACCAAAAAAUUGUAUGGAGUAACCAAGAAGACUUAUAUGCAUUUACUCGUGAGACAGAUGAAGUGCACGAAAUAAGCGCGCCGAGAGAGCCAGAUGAAAUCAAUGAGGCAAAUAAG